UGUUAUCGCGAUAGUUUAUGAUGCCUAUGUGAGACAGCAGGGCGGAUAUCCGCUCUCUUUUCGGUGGCAGACUGUUAUAGAGUCAGUUUUACAAAAUGAAGCUGAAUAUCUCGUUUCCUGCCACUGGCUGUCAGAAGCUGAUUGAAGUGGAUGAUGAGCGCAAGUUGCGAACCUUCUACGAGAAGCGUAUGGCCACAGAGGUGGCUGCUGAUCCCCUGGGAGAUGAGUGGAAGGGCUACAUGGUGCGCAUCAGCGGAGGCAACGACAAGCAGGGCUUCCCCAUGAAGCAGGGUGUGCUGACCCAUGGACGUGUGCGCUUGCUGCUUGCCAAGGGCCAUUCCUGUUACCGCCCCCGUAGGACAGGAGAGCGCAAACGCAAGUCUGUCCGUGGCUGCAUCGUUGAUGCCAACCUCAGCGUGCUGAACUUGGUUAUCAUCAAGAAAGGUGAGAAGGACAUCCCUGGCCUUACCGACAGCACUGUGCCCCGCCGCUUGGGACCCAAGAGGGCCAGCAAGAUCCGCAAACUCUUCAACCUGGCCAAGGAGGAUGAUGUCAGGCAGUAUGUUGUGAGGAGACCCCUGACUAAAGAAGGUAAGAAGCCCAGGACCAAGGCUCCCAGGAUCCAGAGGCUGGUGACACCCCGUGUGCUGCAGCACAAGCGCCGCCGCAUUGCCCUUAAGAAACAGCGCACCCAGAAGAACAAGGAAGAGGCUUCCGAGUACGCCAAGCUGCUGGCCAAGAGGAUGAAGGAGGCUAAGGAGAAGCGCCAGGAACAGAUCGCCAAAAGACGCCGUCUCUCCUCCCUUAGGGCCUCCACAUCCAAAUCUGAGUCCAGCCAGAAGUGAAAUGUGGAAUUGAAUUAAAUGUUUUGCUGAAA